AUGUACUCAACACAAUAGAUGUCUAAAUUUCCCAGUACCUACUCUAAUCAUUACAAUGCCAGUACAAGACGAUAUGUCUCCAGUGCCAAGACUUCCCCAAUGACUGGACCUCUCCAAAAAUUAAUUGAAACCGACAAUGACACUUAUUCAAAGAGAGACAAGAAUCCACAACAUCUUCUCUAGGAAAUGCUCAACACCAAUAACACAAACAAAAUCUAGAAAUUGAUAUCUUCAAUUAGCCAACAUGAUUUCAACAUAGAUAAUCUGUCCCAACAAGAACUACUUAACCUAAUCCUGAAAGUAUAUCAACUCAAUCUCUAUGAUGAAAUCAAUUUCAUUAACCUCCUUUAUGAAGCAUAUACAGAUAAACAACACAAAGAUGUUCUGAAAUAUCUAAUAUUGCACUGCCACGAAUAACUUAUUGGGAAAUCAGGAAAUGCAACAAGACUCUUAGAGAUAUUCUAAGAGAUGCUAUCCUUAAAUCCCGAUUUUACUUCAUUUUAAUUGGAGUACCAAUUAGAUUCAAUUCCAGUUUCAUUCAAUCGUAUUCAAUUACGUUGUAUGCUCCUCCUUAAUCAAUAUGAUGUCUUGCGUUCUUUAAAAGGAGCGGUAGUCUUAUUCGAGCAAUUGGAAGGCUUUAUAUUCCAAUAAUUUAAGUCAAAUGCCAUACCAACUCAAAAUGAUAUCAGUACACUUGUCAUCGCAUAUAUAUUAUUGAGUGAACAAUUAGAGUUGUCCUCUCGCCUUGGUAUGAGUAAACAAGCAUUAGAGAUUAUGGGAAAACAAUCCGAUUCAUCAAUUACUGAUCUCAAAAGAAAAUUUAUAUAUAAUGCAUCAAAAUUGUCCUAAAAAUACCUAGGCCAAAUGAUUUUUGAUUAGAUCAAUGGAUUACAUAGAAAGAUGAGUCCUGAUCUGAAUCGAUCCUAAUCAGUUUCUUAGGAUACAGUUCUGCAUUAGUUUCUUAUAGAUUCUCUUGAUAUGCUCUACCUCAAAAAUUAUAAGGACAUGUUUGAUAUUGAUCGUGUAAGUACUAAUCUAAUAUCUUCCCCCUACAUUUUUACACUGAUGGAAAAAAUCUUACCAGAGAGCAAGAAGAAAGAUAAAGGGUUAUCAAUACUAAGUGACGAUUAAAUGAGACCAAGUUCAGGCAAACAGUUUUAAAUUAAGCAAAUUAAAAAUGAUCUUAAUAGUCCUAAUCAAACCAGAUUCAAAUAAUAAAAUUUCAAUGUACUUUCCAAUAACAAUUCCUAAACCCAAAUACCUGCAAGCUCAGCCAGUAAACCUACUACUAAUAGGCCUCCUUUGAAUCAAUAAUUAUCGUCUGGAUCAUUGCAUUCGUCUGGUAAGGUUAAUCAAUUUGAUUCCCAAGAGUUUGAGAUCAUCUAAAACAAAUUAGUAGUACAAUAAAGAGAAUUGGAUGAAUUAAAAUAAUUAUACACUAAAUCAUCAGCCAGUAAAAAGUAGGAGCCUGAAAAUAAUCAAUUAGCUGAACAAUUAAAGAAAAAAAUAGAUUUAUUAGAGAAUAAUCUAUUUUAAAUCAAAAAUGAAAAUACAACCAAUAAAAAAGAAAAAGAAUAAAAACAAACUGAAGUCAUUGAAUUAAAGACUUAGUUACAAGAUUUGAUUACUAAACAAACCUAAUUAGAGAAACUAUUACAAUCGUAAUCUCAACAAUAAUAAAUGAUUAUAUAUCAAUAAAACCUAUUGUAGUAAUAGGCUGCUUAAACAACACAGACCUUAAUUCAAUAAUAAUCUAAGUCCACCAUUUAAACACCCACUAUGAAUAUUCAAAUACCACCAAAGGAGAAUUAAAAAGAUUAACGAAUCCUUAAUCAAACACCUGAUGACGAUUUCAUUUAGAUGGAUGAGACGACACCCUACAUAUAUAAGUAGAAUCAAAGUUACAUCAUACAAUUACUUGAGUUACUGGAUGUAAAUGUGACCUUUUCUAAAAUGUAUACUAAGUAUUAAUCAACAUCUCAAGAUGAAAACAAUCAAUGGAAUAGCGAAAUUUAGAAUGUUGCCAAUUAUAGAGUCGAAGCCUCUGUAAUUGAAACCAAAGAUGAAGGUAAAUCUAUUCUACUUCGAGCAUUCGACGAUAAGAAUGCUAUGAUGUGUUAAGAAUACAUAAAUUUGGAACUCCUGAAAGGCUUAAUUACAUAUGUAGAUUUCUAAGAAAUGCUACCAACCAAUCAACCUAGUGUUAACACUACUCAUCAAUUCUUUAAAUUCUUGGUGCUACCAUAUACAGCUGUUGUUCCAGAUGAAAUAACACAAGAGAUGAAAUUACAAUUCUGGCCAAAACCAUAUGGAUUGUUAAAUGGAUUGACAUUGAGAGUAGAUUUCAUGGACAGAAAUUGUCUGAUUUACAUACAUCACAUUGAAACUGAUUAAUUCAGAAUUUCAAUUUGUGAUCCUAAUAGUAAGGAUACCUUGAGAUUAGACUUAGAAAUGGAUUAUUCAACCAUAGAUGCUUUCUUUAAAGAUGCAAAAUCUAUCAAAGAUCAAUAUGCAUUCUUUAGUAAGACUACUAUGUUAAAAAUGACUGAAAAGACUCCUAAAUUUGGGGAUGAUGAUGUAGCUGAAGCAUUGCAGGAGAGACAUUUUGAUAAAAGCAAAAUUAAAUAAUUGUAGCAAUCAUUAUCACUAAAUCAAACAUAUAUGACUGAGAACAUGAAUUUCAAGAGUCCUUUUGAAUUUCUUAAGUAUUUAAAGGCCAUAGUUACGUUUUUUGAGUAAUUCCUGAAAUAAUUAGGGAUUUCAUUUUCUAAUUCUUUAUUUGGAUAGAAAUAUUUCAGAUGUAAAAGUUGGAAUACUGGAACCAAAAAUCAACUCUAAAUCGUAGUGGAUAAUUAAGAUCAAUAGGUUGUUUAAGUGAGUCUAUAAAAUUGUUUUGAGACAUUUGGACCAAAUAAAACUAAAAUAAGAGCACAAGGGUAAACUACUCUCCCAUAUUCAUCAAUACAAAGAGAAUUCUCAGUUAAGUAUGACAAAUUAGCAGCAGAAGAGAAGACAGCCAUAUUUUAACAACUCUUAUAUUCAUUCAAUCUCAAUGUUUUUGAGAAAGUCUGUGAACAAAGUCCAGAACAAUUUGAUAAAAACCCCAUCAUUCAAAAUUCAUAUGAUUGCGGUUCUUAUAAAAGAAUGAUAUUGUAUGAUAAUUCCAAAAUAUCUGUGGUUACUAUUUAAGUGAUAGGAGCUAAUAGAAGGAUGUGCGGAGUUAAGUUCUCAGUUUUCAAUGUGGAGACAUCCCAAGAAAUAGGUGUUUAUCUGCCAACAUCAUAAGGGGAAUGGGACUUGAGAUCCUUGGAUAAAUAAAAGAUUAAAUCAUCUGUAGAGAAUGUCCCAUUUGCAGAGUUUUUCCUUACCCAAAUUCUCAAAUGUCCAAUUACAACUUAAAUUUUGUUUAAGAAAAUAUUGAAGGCUGAUAGUAAAGGUAAUCAGAUUAAUAGUAGUGAGAUCAACAAUCGAAAAGCCUUCAUAGAGAGAGUGGAUAAUCUAAUUACAUGGUAAGAAGUAUUGGCUGUUGCUUAAAACUGA